AUGAGAGCAUACGUUUUACUAGCAUGGAUUUUCCUAUGGUGUCGAUAUCCUGUUAACGCCUUAGUGUUUGUGGACUCAACUAUUGCUUCCGCAUGUAUUUAUUAUGAACUACAGUACGAUUGGGGCUGUCAUUCCCAUAGUAAUGGUAUGAAAGCUUACGCAUGCAGAUGUGGCAACACAGAGUGGCUCGGUUCGGUGACCGAGUGUAUUUAUGAUAACUCACCUAACGAAAGAUUGAGAAACCAUGCGCUAAGACAUGUGGCGCUACGUUGCAAGCAAAAAGGUGGCUUCCAUUACUCAUUAGAGAAGAUGAAAGGUUUUAGAGAGAAUGCUACGCAAUAUUUAAGGGAACCCACACAUAAAGACUUGACUACACCAGUCAAUGCACCAUUGAAAGUAAACGAAAGUAAUUAUCAAUAUUAUCAUAGAGGUUUCAAGCAAUAUACAGUUGCUACUGAGCGGUCACAAUGGUUUGGUUGGGGUUUGGUAUUUUAUUGGGCAACCAUUAUCGCCCUAGCAUCUUUCUUUAAUUUGUCGAAGAGAAUAUUUGGAUUUACCUGGGAGACAAACUGGAUUAGGAGGACAUUUACUUUGCCACCCGUUCUUGGUAGACAUCAUAAUUCGCCAUAUGUUUUAUGGAAAGUUAUUCAAAUUUCAUUUCCAACCCACUUGCAAUUUUGGGUCAUUGCAGUGUUUUUAAUCCAGACGGUUAUUUCUUGCGCUGUCGGAUACAACAUUGUGACUUUACCAAAUCCAUAUUUCGCGACACUAUGGUACAGAAAUUUGACCUUAAUCUCCUACAGAACGGAUAUGAUGGCUAUAUCAUUAUUCCCCAUCGUUUACUUCUUUGGUAUCCGUAACAACCCAUUUAUUACAAUAAGUGGUAUAUCAUACGCGACGUUUAACCUUUACCAUAAAUGGACUGCAUAUGUGAUGGUGAUUCUCGGUUUUAUCCAUUCCGUUAUAUGGACCGUUUGGGCAGACUCUAAAGAUGGUGGUGGUUACAAAGUUUGGUGGCAGGAUGCUUAUUGGCAAUGGGGUGUCUUUGCAACUAUGUUGUCAUUCUUCUUAGUUGUUCACAGCUACAAGUGGUUCAGGGAUCUUGCAUAUGAAUUCUUCCUCAUUCUACACAAAAUAUUCAAUGUCAUGUUCAUCGUUUGUAUGUAUUACCAUAUGAAUACAUUGGGUUGGUUAGGAUGGAUUUGGGCAAUGGUUGGAAUUUGGGGCUUUGAUAGAGUCAUGAGGUUCGCUAAGAUAGUUCUGUGUGGUGGUUUACAAACUGCAACUGUAUCAGAUUGUGGAAAUGGUGUUGUCAAGAUGAAGGUUAAGAAGCCAAAGUACUUGAAGUUCUAUCCAGGUUCCUUUGCCUUCGUUUAUUUCUUCUCGAAGUACGACCCUUGGGUUUAUACUUUCCAAUCUCAUCCAUUCACAAUCUUAUCUGUGCCUGAAGAUAGCGAAACACAUCUGACAAUUUUAUUUAAGGCACAAAAGGGUAUAACGAGAAACGUUCUCAAUAGACUUCUCAAAGCAGGUGUUGAUGAAAUGCAAUAUAAUGUGAUGAUAGAGGGUCCUUAUGGAAACAGUUUCCCAUGUUACAAAAAUAGUAAGCGCAAAGUAGUAGCUAUGGCGGGUGGUCUGGGUGUCAGUGCAGUAUUCCCACAUCUAAAGUCCGUUAUUGAACAGACUUCAACAAGUAUUAUACAUGAAUUCAAAUGGGUCGUCAAUGAUUUAAACUGCUUGGAAUGGUUCGGAAAGGAAUUAGAAUGGCUAGCCUCGAAUAACUGUCGUGUGACUGUCAUUUGUACUAAUAAAGAGGAAAAUAUGGAUUUCGAAUCUAUAUCGGACUACUCUGAAAAGCCAAAGCAAUUUCAUUCGAAGUCGUCCAAUCUUGAAGUCGUCAAUCUGGCAAGUCGUCCAGAUAUUCGUCAAAUGGUUAGAGAAAGCAUUGAAAACAGUGAACAAAAUAUUACCGUUAUUUCCUGUGGGCCAUCAUCAUUCCUCGACGAUGUCAGAUACAGUGUUAAGGAGGAACUUUCUACUGCAAAAGUCGAUGUCGAUUUUGAAGAAGAGUCGUUUACGUGGUAG